GACCAAAUCAAUGCCUUUUCUUUCUUCCUCAUUCUUCUUCUUCUUCUUCUAAGUCAUAAACAACAACAACAAACCCAGUAGUCACUGGUUUCAAAGUUCGUGUAGGGUACCAAUCCCCUUCUCUUAAAACUGUAAUGGUUCUUGUCCAAGCUUCAAAGGUAACUCUCCCAAACCCUUGUUCUCUCUCAUCUCCUCCUUCAAACACAUGCUCUAUUCUUUUUGAACCCAAUUCUCUAUCUCUUGCCCUAACUCAUUCUGAUUCUUCACUCUCUCUCUACCCUUCUUUUUCCCCUCUCUCUCCUUCUUCUUCUUCUUCCUCUUCUCUUUCCCUUCAUACCCCACAAACCCUAAUCCCUUCUCCUUCAUCUUCCUCCACCUUCCUCCUCCUACAACAAUCCCACACAAACCCUAAUUCCACCCCAUCGGUGUUAUUCAUCGUUUCCGCACCCCACCGCUCCGGUUCGCAGAUUCUGCUCCGGUUCUACAUUCUGCACAAGAAAAACAACGCUUUCGCCAGAGUGCAAAACGUUCUCUGCUCCAACAAUAAGGGUUUUCGAUUUGAACCGAAAUUGGGGGUCUUGAUCGAUUCCAAGCAUGGGGUUUCGAUCAAGCUCGCUGGCUCCGUUAAUUACUUCGCCAUGUACUCCGUUUCGAGCUCCAAGGUGUGGGUCUUCGCCGUGAAGAUGUGUGAUGAUGAUGAUAAUGGUGAUGAUGGUGGUGGUUUGAGGGUGAAAUUGAUAAGGUGUGCUGUGAUUGAGUGUUCGAGGCCGGUUUGGUCCGUUAGCAUUUCGUUUGGGUUCUUGCUUCUUGGGGAAGAAAAUGGGGUUAGGGUUUUCGGUCUGCGGCGGCUCGUGAAAGGAAGGGUGGUUAAGAGAGUGAGGAAUUCGAAUUCGAAUUUGAAGCAACUGCCAAAUGGUGUUGUUGUUGGUCGUGAUAAUCAUGGGAGGCAUGGAGGCAGAGAUCGAGGAGGGAAACGUUAUGGUGGUGAAGGGGUUGUGGAGGUAACCUGCAAUGGUGAUUUGGAGGGGAAAAUUGAAAGACACGGUGUUGUUGUGAAGCAGACAAAUGUUAAAUUCAAACAGGAUGACAGCAAUGCAUGUGCAUGUUUUGUGGCGUUGAAGGAAAAUGAAGUUGAAACCAAAUCCAUGGCAAAGGUAUCCAUGUCUGUAAAAGCUAUUUCCAUUCAGGCUCUGUCCCGGAGGAUGUUUGUGAUCUUGGAUUCACAUGGAGAUUUAUAUUUGCUAUGCCUGUCAAAUUCUGGCAUAGGAGUAGAUAUCACUGGUCAUGUGAGGCAGCUGCCUCAUAUUAUGAAAGUGAAAAGUCUGGCUGUUCUUCCUGAUGUAUCUACACUAUCCCAGACUGUCUGGAUAUCAGAUGGAUGCCAUUCUGUUCACAUGUUCACUAUAAUGGAUGAGGUAAAUGCUAUAAAUGAAGCAGAUGGAAAUGACGGUGGUGAAAAGCUUUUGCAUCUCCCAGUUAUUCGAGUUCUUUUCUCCAGUGAAAAGAUCCAAGAUGUCAUUUCUCUAACGUCAAAUUCAAUUCUGAUUCUUGGACAAGGAAGCCUAUAUGCAUAUGCAAUUUCGUGAAGCUGCUUCAAUUUUUUUUCUUUUUCGAUGGAAAUCAAUAUUCUUGGCUUCCUUGACAUUCUGAUGUGUACGGGUAUGGUUCGUGGAUACACUCUUUCAUAGUGCUCUGGUUGCCUCCCCAUAUAGUGCAUCCUUAAGAUACUGGAGAUUUUGAAAGAUUGACAAGGUGGUGGGACCGGUUAAAUAUCCAUGGAGUUCUGAAAUUCUGGAUCUGCGUUAUUCAACAGCUUAAAGCCACCUGUCCUGCAAAACCUAUCACAGUAAACUGCAAGCCUACAUCCCUCCAACGAGAAUGUUGACUGUGAUGCCAAUCUUUUGGAGGUUGGCUGAAAUCAAGGUUUUCUGGCAGAGAACUGAGCAGGGUUCGAUAGAAAAGGCAUGAUCUUGGCAAUUGGAUUGCUCUGCUUGUUGGAAUAGUAUCCAUGUGAUUGCAAUUUCCUUGUUCUAGCUGUCUAUUAUACUAUUAUUGAAAGAUGUUGUGUAGUUGGAGGGUUAUCUUGUUGCCCAUUUUGUUCUGUUGUCUUAACUUGACAAUCUCAACGCAUUGUAUGCUUUA